AUGGCCGACGUACCGGAGCCCAACAGCACGGCAGCGACAGCUGGUCCCGCCACGUCUGCGGCCGCGGCAUCCGCUACUGAUGUCGCAAUGCAGGAGAAGAUGAUCAACGAGGAGUACAAGAUCUGGAAGAAGAACACGCCGUUCCUGUACGACCUGGUGAUGACGCACGCGCUCGAAUGGCCUUCGCUCAGUGUCCAGUGGCUGCCGAACUCUCAUACCUCAGCAGGAGACGAUUUCUCUGUGCACAAGCUGCUGCUUGGCACUCAUACAUCUGGUUCAGAGCAGAAUCAUCUUAUGGUGGCCGAAGUUCGGCUGCCUCUAGAGGACACGGAGAUUGAUGCGCGCAAGUACGACGAGGAGAGUCAGGAGCUCGGUGGCUUUGGAGGUGUUUCGGGCAAAGUGGACAUCAAGAUCCUUAUUAACCAUGAUGGCGAGGUGAACCGCGCGCGCUUCAUGCCGUCGGACGAGCUGAUCGUGGCUACUAAGACGCCGCAUGCUGAAGUGCACGUGUUUGACAUUUCAAAGCGACCGUCGCAACCUGAAGAAAACUCGGGUUCGGAUCCGGAUUUCCGUCUGUUGGGUCACACGAAGGAAGGUUAUGGUCUGUGUUGGGAUCCACACCAACCCUUUCAUCUCAUCUCAGGCUCUGACGAUGCUAUCAUCUGUGAGUGGGAUAUCCGCGGUGCUGGCAAGACAGUACAGCCAUUGCACAAGUACCGAGGUCAUAGUGACGUGAUUGAGGACGUGGCGUGGCACAUGCAUCACGCUAAGAUUUUUGGCUCGGUUGGUGAUGACAAGAAGCUGCUCAUCUGGGAUAUGCGCUUGGAGAGUUACGACAAGCCAGCGACAACGGUAUACGCUCACACCGCCGAGGCAAACUGCUUGGCAUUUAGUCCGUUCAGCGAAUAUCUUGUUGCCACGGGCUCGGCGGACAAGCACGUGAACCUCUGGGAUAUGCGUAACAUGAAGGCCAAGCUGCAUUCGUUUGAGGGUCACAACGAUGAAGUCUACCAGAUCCAGUGGUCUCCUCACAACGAGACCAUUCUAGGCUCAUGCUCGGCUGAUCGCCGCAUGCAUGUGUGGGACCUCAGCAAGAUUGGUGACGAGCAAUCGCCCGAAGACGCCGAAGACGGUCCUCCGGAGCUGUUGUUUAUUCACGGUGGCCACACUUCUAAAAUCUCGGACUUUUCGUGGAAUCCUAAUGACCCGUGGGUGGUAGCUUCAGUGGCAGAGGACAAUGUCUUACAAAUCUGGCAGAUGGCCGAGAACAUUUACAACGAGGAAGACGAAGAGACGGAGCAGGCUGAAGUUGCCGAGGACGAGCUCGAAUAA